GCGCGCGGGGUCACCAUGGCGGCCCGUGUCCUCCUGCUCUCCUCGGCCUGCGUCGGGCGCCGCUCGGGCUUCCCCCUGGGGCGCCUGCUCCGCCUGCCCUUGCCGGGCGCCGCCUCCUCUGCCGGAGCCCGCCUCGCCGGCCCGGCGGCCCCCGCUCCCCUCACGCCGGGGCCCGCCAGUCUCUCGCCGCAGGUCUCUGGUGUGUUCCUACAAUUAUGUCGCCAUUACGCUGACCUCCCACCUCUGACGUUGGAUGGCAUCAAAGAACGGGUCCUUUACGUCUUGAAACUGUAUGAUAAAAUAGAGCCAGAAAAGCUCACAGUAGAUUCCCACUUCAUGAAAGACCUGGGCUUGGACAGCCUGGACCAAGUGGAGAUCAUCAUGGCUAUGGAAGAUGAAUUUGGAUUUGAAAUUCCUGACAUGGAAGCAGAGAAGCUGAUGUGUCCACAAGAAAUUGUUGAUUACAUUGCUGAUAAGAAAGAUGUGUAUGAAUAAGUGUUUCUGUCAAGCUGAGCGAUUCUGUUCUACCCUGAGGGCUAGGAAGGCAGAAGCAGCAAGGGGGACAUGGUCAAGCAAGGCCCUGUGUUAUAGUGAAUCAUUGUUGCUCUCAGAUGAAUAGUACUGUUGGCUGCUCUAUGUAAAGCUGUAUAAAUAUAUGUUGGCCUUCAAAAUAAAUAAUGAAUACUGACUCCUUCA